CUGAUGUGGAGAGCAAGUGGAAAGAACUUGGGAGCCGAAGAUCUUUAGUUGUUUUCAAGAUUUGAAACCGAGACUAGGUAGGAGAUAGCGCUGUGACGCGCCAUUCAUCUGGUCCUGACGUGCCAAUGCAAAAAAGUGAAGAAGAUGGUGGCGGAUUCAACUUUGCGCUCUUCGCAGAAACCGAGCUGGACAUAGCUUUCCCUCACUGUAUUCCCCAAGUGCAUUGCCCGAAAUUGACUGUACAUCGCAGCGGCCAGUUUAUAUUAACUGUUGGGACGAUUUCGCAUUUGCGUUUUGGCAUUACGAGUAAGAUUUACUUCUGGGAUUGCGGCAACGAUUUGCAUAAACAGACAGUCACGGCGAAAUCUAAAAUAACCAUGACUCGCUUCCAUACUAUUGACCCACACAUUUUUCUGACCUGCCAAGAGAACUGGACACUCGACAUCUGGGAUACGAACGCCAUGGCAGUUCUGCAAACAUUCCAAGGAGAGAGCCGAGUCAUUUCUAUGGGACUCUGUGCUACACCCGAGAAGUUACUCAUCAUCAUGGGUGAACAGUCCGGCAAGCUACAGGUCUUGGAUUAUCAGAGGAAAGAAUGUGUGACCGUGCGUAAAGCACAAGAAGAAGAUGCGGUCGUGCAAUCUUUCUUCCAUCCGCACUUGCCCUUCAUUCUGACCGCAUUCGAGGGAUUGUCAUGCGGCGUUCUCUGUAGAAAUGACAGUGUGCUUGUGCUGCCGUGCAAGGAAAAAGUAUGUUUCAUUACGAUAGAAGGUGAGUGUCCCAAGCUUGACUUUGAGGAGAGAGGGAAAAUGAGGGUGGAAAAUGUGAGAGAAGAAUGCGACCUAAGACUUCGAUUUGAGAAAGAGUAUGUAGCCAAGAUAAGACAGUUGGAGGCUGAGCUGAACACUGUGAGCGUGGAGAGGAGGGCCCUCGAAGAGGCACUACAGAAGGAGACGCAAACACACACACAAAGGAUGAAGGAGGUUGAGACAGAGCUAAGCAAUGCGAGGAUGGAGGGACGGGCAUUUCGAGACAGUCUCGAGAGAUGCCAAACAGAGCAAGAGAGGGAAAGGGGCAUGCAUUCAAAGAGGGUCAAGCAACUGCAGAACGAAAUCGGCAGUUUGGUGUUCGAAAGCGCGAAACUCAAAGAGAGGUUUGAGAGAUCUAAGGCCAGGGUCCAGCAUUUGGAAUGCGGGUUGGACAAUGAGGGAGGUGCCCUUGUGAGAUUGGAAACCGUGCGAAGCGCGCUUGAAGAGGCACUACAGAAGGAGAGGCAAACACACACACAAAGGAUAAAGGAGCUUGAGACAGAGCUGAGCAAUGUGAGGACUGAGCGACAGGCAGAGACAAGGGCGCUUAAAGAGAGAUUUGAGACAGAGAAGCGAAUGCAUGCAGAGAGGAUAAAGGAGCUUGAGACAGCGCUUAGUGAUGGGAGGAUGGAGAGGCAGGCAUUAGGAGAGAGAUUCCAGUCAUUUAGAGAGUUUUCCCUUGAUGAAUUGAAGUCUGCCACAAAUGACUUCAACGAUAACUGCAAACUCGACCAGCAAAAUAAUUACGGAUGUGUUUACCUGGGAAAGAUCACACCCGUCACGGUGAAGAGACUCGAGGGUGGAGACAGCAUGACAUCACAAUUAUGGCAUGUCCGAUUGACGAGAGAGGUUGUGGAGCUGUUGAAGUCUCUUCGACACUCACACCUGCAGACCCUGCUUGGUGUGUGCUACGGAGGAAACUGUCUCGUGUACGAGCAUAUGGACAAUGGAAAUGUGAAAGAAUGGAUUGCCUCCACCAAAGGGCCACGAAGGGGUUUCUUACCAUGGUACGUCCGCCUGCGGAUUAUGGCUCAGAUUGCACAAGCCGUGUCCUUCCUUCACUCCAGCAAGUCGCUAGGAGGUGGUCCUAUCAUCCAUCGUGCCAUCAAGCCCGAAAACAUCCUUCUGGGUACUAACAACUUGGUGGCAAAACUCGCAGAGGUUGACGUGGCCUUGAUUGCCUCAGACACUAAGGAUGACAAUGCAGCACCUGGAAUGACUGUCCCCUCAAGCUGAUGCUCAGUACAUGGCCCCGGAAUUCUUCCGCACCGAGGUCUUUACUCAGCAGACGGACAUUUACGCAUUUGGAAUCACCAUCCUGGAAAUCCUCACGGGAAAGUUCAAGAAUGCAUUUGGAAUUAUGGAAGAUGCGAUGGAAGAUCCUUCCAUCUUUAGAAGUACCUUGGACCCCAACGCAGAAAGCUGGGAUGUGGAUCUGGCAAUGCAAGUGGGACAAGUGGGUCUGAGAUGCGCCAGUUUGGACAGACGCAACCGGCCUAGCAUGACGACAGGUGAAGGUGCCAUUCUACCUUUGCUGGAGAGUAUUGAUCAUAACCUACAACUUGCAGACUCGAUUGAUUGAGGACAUAUUAAGAAGGAUGAGCCUUCGUGAAUCGUGAGUAGCUCAGUCACACUCAUGCAGCGGGAGGGUCACCGUGGAUGCGACAGGGCUCGAUGCGGAGGUCAAGCUUGAUGAAAUGAGGAUCAUGGCAUUAAAUUUUUGCAUGCAGCUGUCACUCUGCAGUGUCUGCACUAUAUUCAGGCUCCUCUAUGUUCUCAGAGUCUGCAAUUUGGGAGCCUACUACCUUCUUCCCCCGAAUACAACGUACGGUCAUUAUAGCUGUAUCUAGACUGAAAGAUACCCCAAAUACAGCUAUAAUGACCGUACGUUCGGGGGAAGAAGGUAGUGGAAUGUCAGGUUAGAGGUCAGAUGAAAUUUUAGGGAAAAGAUCUCAUGUAUAUCUUCUUUUUUUGUUUUUUUGUUUUGUUUUUGUUUACGGGACAACCCGAGCGGUUGCUGGGAGUGCUGAUAGGAGCAGACACCGUCAGCACCUUCGGGAAGUGGGGAGCAGCACCAGCUGGAAAUCAGGCCCAGCGUCCCUGUAAUGUACAAUGUGAUGAAUGAAAACAUGCAAGCAAG